UUUGGAACCCGACUCUUAAAGAGUGAGUGAGUGGUACGCGAUGAACCCAUGGGCAAGCCUUGUUUCCAAGCGGCGGCGGAACUCUUGAAGCAAUGCCAGCAAGAAAAACACACUGAAUGCGCUGGGGCAGCCACUUGGUCAUGGGGGGGAGAUGGCACCUGCCAUGCGCGAAACCUCUUUGUGACCUGGGAGCUGAGCUGUUGCGAUAAGGAGCAACCGGAACGGGGCAACGAAUGCUUCGAAGCUCCGAAGUGUGAAGUGUCGCCCAGUGAGGCUGGCAUCCUCCUGGCCGUGGCCUUCCCGGUGCUCAUUGCAGGCCUUCUCCUGCUCUUGCGAUGUUGCUUCAAGCAGCGGCAAGCACGAGAGGUGUCUCCGGAAGAGCUUCAGGCCUUCAGGCUUUCGCUUCCUUUCGAGACAGAGAUGAGCUUAGCUCCCGUGGCCCAUUCUGACCCAGAGAAAGAUCCUUUGGCAGGUGGUCCACCUUCACAUUGGGGAGGAGGCAUUGCUUUGCCUGCACCUGCAAACCCACGGAAGGAAUAUGAGCUGUUGCUAAUCGAGCCUCAAUCCCGGGUACCCAAGUAAAGUAUGAAAAGCAAACGAAAAGGCAGCAUGUUUUUGCAGGGUCUUGUGG